AUGAGUGUAUUCGUCAAUUCUCGUCGUGUUGUUUAUCGUGAUCCAUUCGAUGAUUUUCAUGUGACAUAUAUUAAAAAAUCUCCAAGACGUAUUUAUUCAAUCGUUGAUAAGCCUGCCAGAAUUGUUACUGUUAAAUCAAGCCCAUCUGUUCGAUAUCGUGUCAAAACAAGUAAUCUAUUUCAUUCAUCACCAUUCAACUUUAUCAUCUAA